CGACAAUGGAAAGCAUCUGAGAACUGGAAGAAGGCCAGUGAGUGUCUUGUCUUCAAGAGAGGCGUGAAAGAGGAGUCAGGGAAUAACAGGCCAGUCAGACUUGUCUCGAUAUCUGGAAAGGUGAUAGAGGAAAUCACUACAAAAUGCAGCAUGCAGUGCUCAGAGAAGAGGUGUGCUCAGAACGGCCCUGGAUGCAAACCCUGCGUUCAAACCACACCAAGGACUGAGGCACUUCCCUGCCCUGCAGACACGCAGGCAGCUGGGACGCGACCCAGGAGGGCAAGGGAAUGCCUUCAGUAGGCAAAUCUCCAGGGAGAGACUCUCCUGACCCAUGGCCAGUCACACCCUAAUUUUGGUGUAAAGCCAAGCCAUGAGUGCGUGAUGUCUGCAGACUUUGUCCCAGGCAGGGCUGAAUUCCCUUCCAGCAAGGGCUGCUCCAUCCAUAACCCUGGAAAACCAUCUUCAAGCACAGGGCUGUGCCCAGACCCACAGCUCCAGGCAGCCCAAAUGCCACGGCCCUCAGCAUGACUUGCUUGGCAGCACAGCCACAGCUCGGGGCCUUCUCAGAAUUGGCAAUGUGUGGCAGGGCUUUGUCCAGGUCAGGGUGCAAAGGGUGCUUCCAAAGGGUGCAUUCCAACGGGGUGAAGAGAGAGGGAAGGCACUGUCCCAAGAGUCAACACAUCCCUCAGGCAGUAAGGAAGUACAGAACUCCACAGGGGUCAGCUUGAGGCUGGGUUCCUGCCCAUACCAAUGUGUUCCUGCACAAGAAAUCCUUGGACUUCUCCUCCUACUACAAGGUAGCAGCCUCCAUAACUUAGUGGGAAUGUCAGAAACGAGGAAAUUAAAUGGCAGCAUAGAUGGAGACCAAACCACAAUGUGUGCCAUUGAGAAGAAUGUUUUGCUUUGAGGUGCACCUGCAGCCCCAAGCCAUGUCCUGCUACAGCCCGUGCCGGCCCUGCCAGCCCUGUGGCCCCACCCCGCUGGCCAACAGCUGCAAUGAGCCCUGUGUCAGGCAGUGCCAGGACUCCACCGUGUUCAUCCAGCCCUCGCCUGUCGUGGUGACCCUGCCCGGCCCCAUCCUCAGCUCCUUCCCACAGAACACGGCCGUGGGAUCCUCCACCUCUGCUGCUGUUGGCAACAUCCUCAGCACUCAGGGAGUGCCCAUCAGCUCUGGGGGCUUUGGCCUCUCGGGUUUGGGCAGUGGCCUCUGUGGCAUCAGGGGCCUCCCCUGCUGAAGCUGCUCCCUGCACUGUGGCCUCCUCCUGGAUCCCCCUCUUUUUCCUUUUUUGACUCAU